AUUCUUAAUACCAUCCUGGUGGAGAGAGGGACGGCCACAUUAGACAGUGGGUGCGACAAGGAGGGACAAUCUCAUGACUCUUAGCAUAGUGCAAGGGUGCUAUACCAGGGAUUAAGAGUUCUGUCUGUUGGAAGGUCAGUUCGAACACACCUCGUUGGAUCUUGGAUUUAUAGAUUUUUGUUCAAGGACAAAAUACGGUGAAAUCCUUUUGAAUCCGUUGUCGCCUGCGUUUGAGCUCUCAGAUAAGGCCGUCUCUCCACUCGAAGAGGAACACUGAAGGAUAGAACUGGCUGCGUUUGUUGAAACCGUUUUUCCGUGUGUCCCGCGGACCUCUCUGGUCCUCCGUCUGGCUCGGCUGGGUGUCCUAACGUGAUCCUGUCGCACCUGUUCCAAGAUUGUAAACACCAUGGGGGACCUGAACGGCACCGGCUUCGACCUGAUCCAGAACCGGAUCGAAUCUCUGAGCAGCAAGAUGGACCGCCUCAUCAACAUCCAAGAGAAGGUCCUCAACCGGCUGGACGGAAUGUCCCAAGACAUCGACGGCAUCGAGAGGGACGUGGAGACUCUCAAGGUGGACAAGGAGGAGAUCCACGUCCCGUCCAGGGCUGUGAUCCUGACCUCUGCUCAGUCGCAGAGCCAGGCCACGGGGGGAGAGGUGAGGGAAAUGUGCCAGGAGAUGAGCUCCAUCAUGUCCGCCGUCAACCAGCGCUCCCAGCAGCAGGCUCAGAAGCUGGAGGGGAUGGAGAAGCUGGUGCUGGGCAUCCAGCAGGUCAUUGGCUUCAUCGGGGAGACGGUGAAGAGCUCCAGGGUGAUGGAGCUGAUGUUCAAAGGGCCGGCGGCGCGCAAGGCUCAAAGGCUCAAAGACAAGGGCAAGAAAACUACCUCUACUAAAGCCUCUAAAGGGACUCAAGAAAUAACUCCUGCAUGUGAACCCACUCCUCCGGAGCCCACUCACAAGAUAAACCUCCACGGACCAAAACAUUGCAUCUCCUCCCGCAAAAUCGUCGGCAACUUUCUGAAAGACAACAAGGCUAAGGAUGGAAAAGACAAGUCCCGUCUCAGCCUGAAAGGUCUGAAAGCGCAGAAGAAGAAGAAGCCUCCAGAUCCUGCAGACACCAUCUCCCUGAAGAAACAGGCUUUGCUGCUGGAAGAGGUGCAGAAGCUCAACCGAGAAAAUGCUGAGAGAUCCGACCCCAAUCUCUCCCCUGGACUCCUGGACCUGGAGGCUGGGGGGCCCCUGAAGCCAGAGCGGGGCUCCCCUAGCCCCAACCUGCUCGACUUCAUCCUGGAGGUCCCCAAGGCUCCUGUGGCAGAAGAGGAGAAGGAGGAGCCAGGCGACGGGCUGAAGGAGGGCGUGUCAGAGGUGUUGUCUGCCGUGGAUGAGAAAGAUCUCCGUGAAUGCAAGCUGAGUGAGGUGGAUGUUCUGAAGGAGAGAGAGGAGAAACAGAAGGAGGAGGAGAUCAAGGCCAACGCUUCCUCCGAAGAGCCCUCCGAACCGGUCAUACUGGAGCUCCCCGUUAGUCCCGAUACUCAAAACGAGACAGACUCCAUUCCUGAUAGCCGCGAAGACAACCAAAGCGCCUUCUCAUCUCUGGAGGCAGAGCUGGACCAGAUGGCGGAGGUCAACACCAGUAGCAAGCGGCGGGGCACCGAGGAAGACCUUGGCGUGGAGGACCACAAGAAGAGUCGGGUGGAGCGCGGAGAGGAAGAGGAGGAGCAGAGAGAGGAGGACAAGGAGGAGGAGGAGGAAGAGCAGCGGGCCGAGUCUGAGGGCUGGGGGGUCUUCAAGGCAGAUGGAGUUGAAAUCCGGGUGAAGCUGAAGGAGAUGUUGGAGACAGAACAGGAGGAAGACACAGAAGGGGAAGAUGAUGUCAACGUUGAACGGUUCUUUAUCGACACAACUCCCCCUCCAGUAGCUCCAUUCAACCACCGGAUCGUGUCUGCCAAACCCAACCAGAUCAAUAACUUCUACACCAUCAACCGACAGGAGAUCCUAGGGGGAGGUCGUUUUGGCCAGGUGCACAAAUGCAUCGAAAACUCCUCUGGACUCACCCUGGCGGCGAAGAUCAUCAAGGCCAGAAGUCAGAAAGAAAAGGACGUGGUGAAGAAUGAGAUCCAAGUCAUGAAUCACCUGGAUCACGCCAACCUAAUCCAGCUCUACGCUGCCUACGAAUCCAGGAAUGACAUCAUCCUCGUGCUCGAAUUUGUGGAUGGAGGCGAACUCUUCGACAGGAUCAUUGACGAGAACUACACCCUAAAGGAGCUGGACACGGUGGUGUUCAUCCGGCAGAUCUGCGAGGGCCUCCAGCACAUGCACAAGAUGUACAUCCUCCACCUCGACCUGAAGCCUGAGAACAUACUAUGUGUGAGCAGGGUCACAAAUAAAAUCAAGAUCAUCGACUUUGGCCUUGCCAGAAUAUACAAGCCCAGGGAGAAGUUACGAGUGAACUUCGGCACUCCAGAGUUCCUGGCUCCAGAGGUGAUAAACUACGACUUUGUUUCCUUCAACACAGACAUGUGGAGUCUGGGAGUCAUUGCAUACAUGCUCCUCAGCGGCCUUUGUCCCUUCCUGGGUGACGAUGACAACGAGACGCUGAACAACAUUCUGGCCUGUCAGUGGAACUUUGACGAAGAGGAGUUUCUACACAUCUCCGACGAGGCCAAGGACUUCAUCUCCAAGCUCCUCGUCAUCAACAAGAGCUGGAGGAUAGGAGCCUCAGAGGCCUUGAGGCAUCCUUGGCUCUCUGACUCGGCACUCCAUCACCGGCUCCAUGAAAAGAAGACAAUGUGCCGUUCCCGCCGGUCCUCAUGUGUGCCUCCUACAGGUAGUUGAGCGUGACGACUUGAUUGCCCUAGCUGUGGCCAAAUGGACCAACCCUGCUGUCCUCCUGUAGGAUCACCUGCGCAUCUGUGAACAUGAUAAUGCGUUGUCACAUUAUCUUUGAUCAAGUAACUGCAUGGCAAUCAAGUAUUAUGUCAAUGUAUAAAUUAAAUUGUAUCAAAAGAUUGAAGAAAAAUACAUUGCUAUUAAUUGCAGUAGAUUUGUGGUGUGAUUAUUCUUAUUAUGAGUAAAUUGGAGGUUUGUUUUUGCUCUAAGCCCUACAGCAGAUCUUCUGAUAGUUUUGUAAUGACUUCAGUGUUUCUUCCCUUAGAUUGAUUAGACAUCCAGUUUACAUUUACCUUUUAGAUAUGAAGCAGUUGCUUUUUUAUCCAAACUGAUGUACAAAUAAAACAUGCUCCACAAGGAAGUGGAGCCGAUAAUCGUAGGCAAGAAGUGCACAUUUCUCUACCUUUUGCGUUCUAUUCUUGUUAGACGCAAAGCAUGACAAGGAAUGUGGUGCGCUUUGACAGGAUGAUAAUGUGUGGUUUGUGUUCAGAGGUUUAGUUCUGUUCUCCACAUGUCACUGUGCAAUGCUGUAAGAGUAUGUACAUCAAGGAGUUUUCCUCUCUACUUUACUGAUUUAGUUUGUUGGUUGUUUUUGAGCAUUUGACAUCCACCUUAAUUUAUAAUGAAGGAUACCGCGUUCAAGCAAGGAACUAAAUAAAUAUAUUUGUAGGUCUCUGAGGCCGUACAGCCCAUGUUAUGUAUGUCAAAUAUGUAUUUCUGUUUUCAUAAGCUGUAGGUGCACUUUAUAUUGUUAUUUAUUUGAACAUUUAUUUUUCAAUUUAGCUAAUCCUUGCAGUCAAUAAAUAUUAUGUGUUAGAAUUUG